AUGUUAAAAUAAAUAAAACUUAACAAAUCAGAAUCAAAUGACUCUAUUACUCAAUCAUUUUUAGCUAAUAUUGAAAAGAAUAAAUGUAACUUUUAAUUACUAUAAAAUUAGAACUUAAAACAGAUGCCAUUAAUAUUUAUGAUUUAAAUAGUAUCAAAUUACAAGCUGAUGUAAUUCUCAAAAAUAUUGAGAACUAAAUUAAUAGUAUAUUUCAUAUAAUAGAUAGAAUGUUCUUAAUGGAAAUCCUCAAAAGAGUAACAUUUAUCCUUAAAUACUACUUAAAAUACUAGAAUUUAAUAGUAAGAGAGACAGUGGAGUGCUUCAAUAAAUAAGAAAAUUCAAUAACCAAGACCUUUUUCAGCAUUAUCAGGAGUUGCUCCAAGAAUCAAACGAUUUGAAGAAACAAAAGAAAAAUAGAAAAUAGAAUCUUAAUAAUAAAUAAUUGAUAAAUGUCUUUAACCAUAAAAACCACCUAAAAGUGCUUUAGCUUUAAAUUAAUUAUGUAAUUAAGAAUUGAUAAUGGGAAAUUUUAAAUUGGAAACAAUAUUAGGAUCAGGAUCUUUUGCGAUGGUUAGAUUAGGUAUUGAUAAAAAUACUAAAGAAAAAUAUGCAAUUAAAAUUUAUGAAAAAAUUAAAUUAAAUGAUUCUUAAAAAAUGAAUAAUGUAAAAAGAGAAAUAUCUAUAUUGAAAAGAAUUGAACAUCAAAAUAUUAUCAAAUUAUAUUGGGCAAUAGAAGAUAAAAAAUCAGUACUUUAUUAUAAUAUAAGAUCAAUUUAGUAAUGGAAUAUAUUUCAUCAUAAUCUUUGGCUUCGUACAUUAAGUCUAAGCCAAAUAGAAUCUUACCUGAAAAAGAAUGUUUAAGUUUGUUUUAUUAAAUUGCCAUGGCUAUAAAAUAUUUGCAUGAUCUAAAUAUUUCUCAUAGAGAUAUUAAAUUAGAUAAUGUAUUAAUGAUGAAAACAAAUGUUGUUAAACUAAUAGAUUUUGGUUUUGCAAUAUGUAUGCCUCCAAAUUAAAAAACUAAUGUAUUUUGUGGAACACCUCAUUAUAUGUCUCCAGAAAUUAUAGCAAAGGUAAUUUUUAAAAUCAAAUUAAUAAGGUUCCUCAUCAUCCUUCAAGUUCUGAUGUUUGGUCAUUGGGAAUUCUUUUAUCUAAAAUGAUAACAGGAGAAUAUCCAUUUAAAGGAUAAAAUGAUAAAGAUUUAUAUAGAUAAAUUUAGUGUUAAAAAUUAAAAACUAAUUAAGAUAAAAAAAUAAAUGAAAACGUUUAGAGAGUUAUAAAUGGAUGUUUAGAAAAGAAUGUUUAAAAUAGAUGGAAUAUUGAUUAAGUAAUUAAUGAUCCUGUAUUUCAUAAAGAUAUCUUAAUACCAUCAGUAAAAAGUUUUUGA